AUCAGCUGUGUCCAAUCACAGCUGAUCACAUAGGGGACAUCUACACUGAUCAUCAGUGCCACAUGUCAGUGUCCGUCAAUGUCACUUGUCAUUGCCCAUCAAUGUCACCUGUCAGUGUCUAUCAAUGCCACAUAUCAGUGCCUACCAGUGCACAUCAAUUCCACAUAUCAGUGCCCAUCUGAGCUAUCUUUCAGUGCCAACUAUUAGUGCAAGUCAGUGCCACCUAUCAGUGCCAGUCAGUGCCGCCUACGAGUGCUGCCAACCAGUGCCGCCUAUC